AUGGUUAAGACUCUCAUGCGCCAAAAUGCGUACAAAGAGGCUACCAGGACACCAUCUUCGCCAGUAGCUGGGCUUGCUUAUGAGGAUGUUCAGUUUAGCGAAGCUGCCACUGCUGCUUCGACAUCACUUGACCUUAAUGCUGCACCGCUACCGAACAAAGGGCCAAUUCUCAGCCUCUUCCACAACGACAUCAUGACUCAAUCGGCGUCUGGAAACAACGUCCCUGUUUCGACACUCAAAGGGGAGAAUACAUGUUGCCAUCUAAGGCGGCUGCUUCCUGCUUCAGAAGAGGUCGAUGCGAUUCUUGUUGCGAGCACCGAUCUUUGGUCCGACUGGUUUUCGCACUUUCCAGAGUUAUGGUGUGAAACCAAGGUAGAUGACUUGAGAGCCGACUUUUGGCGGCGAAUUGCGUCGUCUCAGCCUGUGGAGGUAGCAAAAAUGCUCAUCUUCCUUCUCAUUACCAUCGACAACGUUCCGAUACAAUCUCUUAACUCUCGAAGUAAUACCAGGGAACAAAGAAACUCCAUCAUCGCCGAGAUUGAACGCUUGGUGGUACAAGACAUUGAAUUCGCAAGGACCGUGCCUGGCACAGAAUGUAUGGCACUAUUGGCCAAGUAUUUGGUCAAGCUCGGGCAUCUAUUAAGCGCAUGGCACCUGAUCCGUCGAACAAUUGAGUAUGCCAUAUUGUUUGGCAUGCACAUGCCUCGCUGUAAUGCAUUGGCUGGGUCUAGGCGAGAUAACCUUGCACUGUGGACUUCCCUGUGUCACUAUGACGCCUACGUGAGUCUUAUCCUUGGAUUCCCGUACUGCGCACUUAGUGCACAUGUUGCAAGGCAGCCAAAUGUUACAUUGGAUGGAAAGACGGAUUACGCGCAUAUCUUUUUCCUCGGUGUGACGACAAUCAUGCGACAGAUCAUCACUCGCAAUCAGACCGAUUCGAACGAUCUUCUCGAAACCUUAAAAAUUGAUCAAGAGUUGGACAGACUAGCUGCCCAGAGCCCAGCCGGGUGGUGGCAUCUCGACCUUGACCCGGCACACUCGAACAAGACGGCCGGCAGCCGCUUCAUCAUUCAAAUGCAGCAUCAUUUCAUCCGAGCAUUACUGUACCUGCCAUUCGUCCUCGAAGAACCGCUAAAUCCAAAACAGAGAUUCUGUUACGACACGGCGGUUGAGUCAGCUCGAUCUUUGGUAAACUCUUACCGAAUACUUCGCGGAAGCGUGGGACUUAUCCCCUAUCUCGGGAUCCUCGCUGAUUUCCAAGUCUUCACGAUGGCGAUCUUAUUGAUUGUUCAUAACACCCGCCGAGAAAACAAAUGCGGGCCUGAUCGUCGACGAGGAGACUUGAAAGAUUGGGAUCUUAUAACGGAAGUCGCCAACAUACUUCAUUCAAUAGCCCGAGCCUCAGAGGAGAAUGUUGCAAUGCAGGGUUCCACAAUGCUGUCAAAGUUGCUCGAAGUUCGAAAGGAGACAGGGUCGGAUGGAGGCUUGCUUGGACAAGGGAGGUCAUGCAAGAUCACCAUUCCCUGUUUUGGCACGAUCACAAUUUCCCUGGGAAAAGAACUUCACCAUGAACUUCCAGGACACCUUAGCGAUGGUCCGGCGCAAGCUGAAGGCCUGGCAAUCCAAGAAAGCAACGAGUAUGAAUCCGGCCAACAGGCUCAAGGACUCCUGACCGAAAUCGAGAAUCUGAUUACGAUCCCUUCCGUGGGAUUCAGCGGAGACUUCGAGGAAGUAUUGCCGAAUAGCAUUUUCGAAUAUGAACCACGCUUUGAUCUUGACAGUGGAUGGGAUCUGAACUUUUUCGACUGA